CUUUCAACCUUUCAGCCAUGUCGGACACGGACCAUCAGCCCAUGAUACGCUGCAGUGUUGAACACUGUCAACAGCUUGGUAGGAUACAGACCGGGGGGGUGGAGGAAGGGCUACGGAGGAAGAACUUCGUGAAGGGCAGGGGACUAAUGCCGAGGGUUAGUGGGACAGGACGACAUGCAACUUCAUCAAGACCGGCAUCUCGCAGAACAACUUGAAAAUGAACAACUACUCGAACAGUCCUCAACGUCUUCCAACAAGAGAAAGCAUUCCAUCGAUCAAUCUCAAGGUUACACAGUAGAUGCGCAUAGAAAACGAAUAUGUACCAGCGAAACUCAACCGGCACGGCUAAGGAUCAAUGAAGACGACGAUCUGUGGACCAUGCUGGAACCUCUAAAAGAAGAAUCCCGGACAGCAGGCGUUAUUCCACGACUGCAACCUCAAUUUUCGCGGGCCAAUAGUAAAAAGUCUAAUACCGUGGCGGCGUACUUGUGCAGUCCUUAUACCGAUCAUAUUUCCACGGGAUACACAGAUCUGGGAUGGGGUUGCGGAUAUCGAAACUGUCAAAUGUUGAUGACUUUUCUCGAACGGCAAGAAGAACAAGCCCAACCUCUAUUAAAACAAGUACCCGAUAUUCCCGGAUUGCAACUGCUUCUCGAGAAGGCCUGGCGCGAAGGUUUCGAUCCGCAAGGGGCUGAACAAUUAAAUCACCAGGUUUUCGACACGCGUAAAUGGAUUGGCGCGACAGAGGUGUAUGUGAUGCUCGUUUACCUCGGGAUUCGAUGUACGGUACUGGACUUUGAUCGGCCAACGGGACCCAAUCAUACGCACGAUAUUUUAUUCGACUGGAUUCAGGCCUAUUUUGAAGGCGCCAUACCCACCAAAGAAGAAAAAGCAGAUCAGCGAGACAAAGACGAGAAGCAGACGGACGCCUUUCAGUUACUGAUGCAAUCAAAGCAACAACCCCAAAAUGUGCACGUCACCGAUCGACCGCCGCUCUAUUUACAGCAUUCAGGCCACAGUCGAACGGUGAUUGGGAUAGAAAUAUUGGAAGACGGGAAUCGAAAUUUGAUCAUGUUUGAUCCUGGCCGAAGAAUGCUGCGUUCGUACCAUUCCGAUUACCCACGCGGCGCUCCACGACCGCGGCCCGCAUACACGGAGCCGGAAGAUGAUGUGGAAGAAUCGGCGCUGUCCUCCGCGACCGGCGAUGAAAUUGACAGUUGCAGUAGUGGUACAAGUACACCGACAAAACUGGACAGCGGCGAUGACGAUUUCACCCACCUCCCUUCGACCCUUCAUGACGACUCGUCGUCCCCAUCACGCAAACCAUUGAAUUCAUCCAACACGAACAAAGUGAAUCGAUUACUAAGAUAUCCUCCCUCCCCUCGUCACAAUUUACCCCCCAAUCUUCUUCGGCCAUACCGCGUGGACGCGAAAGCCAUUGCCAAGAAUAGACAAUAUCAGUUACUGGUGCUUGGAGAAGUGGUAGAUCAACGUACCAAGGGAGGCACCAUGAUGUGGAAUAGCAAUACCGCCUAUCUUUUAACAGAAUGGGAACGAGAAAUGAUGAAAAAAGUCACCAGUAUUACAGCUUGAACAACAACAACAACAACAACAGCGGAUCACAUUACACUUGUUUAUUAUUAUUUCGCGUGUUUCUUCUUUUCUUUAUACAUACUAUUACAUUCUUGAUCAAGUUGGGU